CAAGCCAACACCACGCGACAAGGACUGACAAGAUGGCGAUCAUUUUAGAAACAGAGGAGUUUCUGCCGUGAAGGAGAGGCUUGACAACACCACCAUGCCCUGGGAGGGUCCCAUUUCUCAACUCACCAUGGUUACCAUGGUGAUAUGAAGCCAGUGUUAAACCUUGACGGACACACUCAGCCUUACACACACACACAUACGUGUGUGUUAUUGACUGACACAGCCAGCCAGCCAGCUCGGCCGGCAGGUGUGUGUAAUGGACAGGUGUAAGCAUGUGGGGCGGCUGCGGCUGGCCCCAGACCACUCCAUCCUCAACCCCCAGAAGUGGCAUUGUGUUGAUUGCAACACCACAGAGUCUGUAUGGGCCUGUCUGGGCUGUGCACAUGUGGCGUGUGGCCGCUACAUCGAGGAACAUGCCCUACAGCACUUCCAGCAGCAGCGCCACCCACUGGCUAUGGAGGUUAAUGAACUUUAUGUUUUUUGUUACUUGUGUGAUGACUAUGUUCUGAAUGAUAACGCCACCGGAGACCUCAAGCUGCUUCGGAGCACGCUCAGUGCUAUCCAGAGCCAGAACUAUGAGGUUACAACCCGCAGUGGGCGCACCCUCCGCUCUUCUAGCGCCGCAUCAGAUACCCUCAUUCCGUGCGGCGCCAGCGAGUUGCAGCUUCGGGAUGAAGACAGAAUGUUUACUGCCUUGUGGCACCGCCGAAGGGCACUUAUGGGACGCAUCUUCCGCCUUUGGUUUGGCUUGACUGAGUGUGGAAAGAAGAGAGAGGAAGAAGAGAGAAAGAGGGAAGUGGAAGAAGAGCAGAAAAGGGAGGCCAGGGAGAGGAGGCGUGCUCUAAAGAGGCAGCUACAGGAGGAGUUGGAAAAUGCUCCUCUCAGGAAGAGUCGUCGGUUGCGUCGGGAAAGCCAGAAAGUUGCGGAUACGGCAAUCACAGCACAAACCUCUCAACGGGCACGCAAAAAGACCAAAACACGUGUGCCCCCUUCUCGAACCCACAGGCCACAAACUCGAAGCCGUGCCACUGCAACCUCAAAGAAAGCCAAACAAACAAAAAAGGCCCAACCAGCUUCCAAACCCCGGAACCGUUCCUCUACUGCCAAAUCAAGGCCCAAAACACCCUCAGCAACUCCUCGCAUUACCCAAACCCCUGUGCGUCGCAAGCAGAUUACCAAACAGGGUGGUUCACCCUUCAAACGGCAUCCCACAGUCACUCCUGGAGUGACUGGCUUGAGGAAUUUAGGAAACACCUGUUAUAUGAACUCCAUCCUGCAGGUGCUCAGUCACCUGCAUGUUUUCAGGGAGUGCUUUUUGCGUCUGGACCUGACCCAGGCACUGGAGCUGCUGGCAUCUGCUGUCCAUGGCCAGCUGGCAGGGAAGAUCUCAUCACAGCCCCCCCUGUCUCAAAGGAAAGGACUACAGACUAGCUCAGGCUCUGGUGCAGGGCUGAGUGGCGGGGCUUCACGGGCCCGCAGUAUGGAGCUGAUACAACCCAAAGAGCCCAGCUCAAAGCACAUCUCUCUCUGCCAUGAGCUGCACACCUUGUUCCAGGUAAUGUGGUCUGGCAAAUGGGCGCUGGUAUCGCCUUUUGCCAUGCUCCACUCGGUGUGGCAGCUGAUCCCUGCUUUCAGGGGCUACGCUCAGCAGGACGCACAGGAGUUCCUGUGCGAGCUGUUGGAUAAGGUGCAGCAUGAGCUGGAGAGCACCGGCAUGCACACAACCACUGCUGGCGUCCCACAGACGCAGAAACGACUCAUCAAGCAGGUGCUCAGCGUGGUCAACACCAUCUUUCAUGGUCAGCUCCUCAGCCAGGUGACAUGCCUGGCCUGUGACCAUCGUUCUAACACUGUGGAGCCUUUCUGGGAUUUGUCUCUGGAGUUUCCUGAGCGAUAUCACAGUAACAGCAGGGAAACGGCCGCUCAGGCUUCGUGCCAUUUGACAGAGAUGCUGGCGAAGUUCACGGAGACUGAAGCGCUGGAGGGAAACAUCUAUGCCUGUGACCAGUGUAACUCUGCCAGACGCCGGACCUCCUCCAAACCCCUCAUCCUGACCGAAGCACAGAAACAGCUGAUGGUCCACAAACUGCCUCAGGUCCUCAGGCUCCACCUUAAACGCUUCAGGUGGUCUGGCCGAAACCACCGGGAGAAAAUCGGAGUCCAUGUAAGCUUUGACCAACUUCUCAAUAUGGAGCCCUACUGCUGCAGCGAGCCCUCACCCAAAGGCGUGCCCUGUUCCAGUCCCAGCAGCCCCAGCUCUCCAGGUUCACCACGCCCAAAGCACUUCCUCUACGAACUCUCCGCUGUGGUGAUGCAUCAUGGGAAGGGUUUCGGUUCCGGCCACUACACUGCCUACUGCUAUAACACAGAAGGAGGCUUCUGGGUUCACUGUAAUGACUCUAAGCUGAAUGUGUGUUCAGUAGAUGAGGUCUGCCGAGCUCAGGCCUACAUCCUCUUCUACACACAACGAGUAACUCAGGACAAAGACCGGCCGCUAUAGGAUCACACACUCUGAACCCCUCUUGCACCUCCACUGCAUCCUGACCGCUCAGCGAGAGAACAUCAGCACAGCCCCAUCUUAUUGCUCUUUAUCUCUUCCCAUACUUUUUUUUUUUUUUUUCCUGGGAAGAUGGGACUUAGUCUAUUUUUCUAAAUAAGGUAAAAGAGAGUGGAAGGACUCCUUUGUAAACUUUGGUUCUGCUUUGUGAACUUCUUGUAUAUGGUGUUUAUAUGUAGGUAUUUUAAAAGAAAAGAAUUGUGAAGUGAUUUAUGUACAUUUGUAUUUUAUUAUGAAGAGAGUAUCAGCCAAGAUGUGUCUCAGUAGCAGCCAGCAAACCAGCCAGGCACGACCACAUACAUUUGAGUGUCCUCUACUGGUGUGCCGACCUGCGUCUGCUGGCUAGUUGAUUGUAAAUGCUGUUUGUUCAUUGAAAUCAGCUGAAAUGUUUCUCAGUCACUUUAGAUAGUUGACACAGACCUGGAUGUAGGGUUGGAACAUGACAGUGGCCACGUUUACUUGAGAGUUUUAAUUCCCCUUUAAUUCAGAAUAAAAAUUAAAUCCUCUUUAAAAUUACCUUGUAAACACCUAAUUCUGAAUGAAAAUGGCCGUUGUGAAUUAAACUUAAAUCUCAAGUAAGUGGCUGGUUUAUUCUGAUUUUAAAUCCAAAUUGAAUAAGUUCUCAAUCACGUAUAUGUUCAUUCCACUUUAAAUAAAUUCUGGUAGUUCUGCUCGUUCCCUUGUCCUGUCGCGAUGACUGUACGGUACUCUACCUCCCUUCUCCUCAGCUAACGAAAGUGAAGUAGUAUGCUAGUGUCGAGCUGCUGCUUCAAAACUAUAACUUUAAAUCGGAGCAAAAAUGGUUCUUAUGAUGUGGUCUUCCAUGUUGUAGACGAAAAGAAAAGUAGUAGAAACUGGAGUUUAUUUUCUUCUGGUAGACGUAAAUACGUCACAUCCGCCACCUGUCCAAUCAGAACCCUUCCCAAUCUUAAGUGGAAUUGAUUAAAAGUGUUUUCCAUAUUUACCUCAAUUCGGAAUGACUAUUUCCAUUUAAAUGUGAAGGAGAUUAUUCCGAAAUAUUUCAUUCUGAAAAAUUCCGAAUUAAAAAACACCAUGUAACUGUGGCCAGUCAGUAGGAAUGGCCUCCCUGUGCUCCAGACAACUAAAAGUUGUGAUAGAUUUUAAUGUCGUGGCCAAACUUUGGCCAUUUUCCUGCCAGAAAUGCACUAAUUUCUACAGAAUAGGUUGUGAGCAUUCUUGUAUCUGUUGGUGUUUAGAAAUCUGUACACAAGUAAGGCAAAGUUUUAUUUUUUUUACUCUGAAGCAGAACUCAAGCCAAAGGGGAAAAGUUUGGAAAAACCUCAGCAUUUCCAAAAAAAAAAAAAAAAACUGUUCAAAAAUUACUGAGGAGUUUUUGUUUUCUUCCCUCUUGUACUUAA